CUUCCACUUCUAAGGCUCCUAAAGGCAAGAAGAGGAAGAAGUCCGCAGAAAAGGGCAAGGCGGUCAUGAAUGACGCGCAACCUCGACUGAAAGCGAAGAAGCCGAAAGGCAAGUGCCACAGAUGUCAGCAGAAAGGACACUGGAAGGCAGACUGCCCUCUCCUCAAGAA